AUGCAGAAGUUGGAAAGUGAAUUUGCUAUGAAGGAUCUUGGACCCUUGAGUUACUUCUUAGGUAUUGAAGUGAAGUACUUUCCUGGAGGGAUUCACCUAACCCAAAGCAAAUAUGCAAGUGAUAUGCUCAAAAGGGUGAAUAUGGCAGAAAAUCCAAACAGUGUGCAUCUUCAGGCUGUUAAAAGAAUGGUGAGGUAUGUCAAGGGAACAAUUGAUCAUGGACUAAGAAUCAUAUCACAUUCCUCCUUUAGGCUAUAUGGUUUUUCAGAUGUAGAUUGGGCAGGCUGUACUAUUACAAGAAGAUCCACAACUGGAUAUAGUGUGUAUCUUGGUGCAAACUGUGUGUCCUGGUCAUCAAGAAAGCAAAACACUGUUGCAAGAUCGAGUGCUGAAGCUGAGUAUAGGGCAUUGGCAGCAACUGCAGCUGAAAUCACAUGGAUAUACAUACUACAAGAUAUUGAGGAAAAGGUGGCUCGAGGACAACUGGUUACUCAGUUUGUUAGAUCAAAAGAUCAGUUAGCAAAUAUGCACACCAAAGCUCUUGGCAAGGAUCUGUUCAAAUUUUUCAGAGAAAGCUAUGUGUCGUGA